UGGCAUUAAUUUUCUUAGGAUUUGUUGGAAAAGAAUAAUUUUCUUUUGUAAAUAUAUACUAAUUUUUUAUUAAAAUAUAUUUUAGACCUAAUAAAAUGAAAAUAGAAACAAAUCCUAUGUGUGUGUAUUUAGUGAAAAACGACAGUAAAGGAGAUAAAUUGUUAUUUCGAUAUCCAUUUGGUAAUAUAAAUGGUACAGUAAAAACAAAUACAAAUGAACCUUGUAAAAGAUCGUUACAUAGAAAUGCAUCACUUGAUGGAGUUUAUUACUCACAAGAGCAAACAGAUUUUCUUGAUGAUGUUAUAUCUAGUUUAUUUGCAGUAAAAAUGGAUUUGUGUGAUCGUAAAUUUGAAUUAAAAGUAAAUAAUAUUCGCUUUAUCGGACAUCCUAUACAAAUACAAACUGGUGGUAGUAAUCGAAAAAAAAAACCAGAAAGUCCUUCAAUUAUUUUAAUUAAUGUUGUAUUCGCGUUGGAUGCUUUUGCUCGUCGCCAAAUUUCUCACUGUUACUAUGAUUUGAGUAAAAUGAUAGGAAUUGCUCUUGGGCAUGAAGAAAAACGAUGCUCAUAUUUAUCUAAACAAAUAAAAAAUAUGUUAGCCAUACAUGAUUCUAUGGCUUCAGGGUCAGAUGCUGAAGUAGAUACUAUUACUGAAAACAAGCAUUUUGAAAAAAUUUUAGAAGAAUGCUCUCUUGCUCAAGAUUUAAAAAAAGUUUAUAAUGAUGUUUGUGCUGAUGGUAUCAUUAGAUUAAAAGUAAACAAUUGGAUAGAAAUAAGCUUUUGUUUGCCACAUAAAGUUCAUCAUUUUUAUAAAGAAGGACAGUACUUUGAACCCGAUUCUAUAAACAAAUGUUUAAAAGGUCUUAGACCUUACCAUGGAUUACUAUUAAUGACAGACCGUAAAAAACUAUUAGAAAAUUUACCUACUGAUUCUAGUCCAUCAAUUGUGAGACUAAUUAAUAUGUAUAACCCAGUUAAAAGUUUACAAACAUUAUCUGCUGAUGCAGAUCUCACCAUAGCCCAAGUAUUUAAUAUUGCUGGUCAUCUGAUAUAUUGGGGAGAUGCCAUUGUGAUAUUUCCUUUAUGUGAAACAAACAUGUAUACAAUUGCUCCAAAUGUUCCUACUGAACGAGAGAGUAAAUUUGCUAUUGAAUUUGAGGAUAAAUUUCCUGAUCAUAAUUUAUUAGAGGUAAUGAGUGAAUUUUCACUUCCCACGUCAUUGCAGUAUAAAAUGUGUCCGAUAGAAGACAAAAGUAGCAGUGCUACAAUGGUUCAAAUAGUUAUAUGGUUAUUACAGCGCAAAAUUUUAUUACAAUUGCAUACAUAUAUAUAUUUUAUGCCAACUAAUAAAGGCCUAACUGUAGCAAAUGUCUAUUCUGAAAAAAUGAUUGAUAAUGGACAACCAUCUGAAACUCCAAUGACUAUCUAUCAAACAGGUUCAGAGAGCUGGUUUAAUUCAUCUGUUUGUAGUGCCGAAGAGUUAUUUCAUAGUUUGACUGAAGAAGAGCAGUCAGCUUUGAUGUGUAUACCAGCAUCUGCAAAUCCUUAUGAUUUUCAACUGCUUAUGAGAUUAUUAAAACAAGGUUAUUUUACUGGUGAACAUCAUUUAGAAGAAAUUAUGUAUUUAGAAAAUCUAAGGCGGUCACAGUUACUACAACUAUUAGACAAAUUUAAAGAUGUUUUAGUAUUAGUAGAAAUGGAAGAUCCUGCUAUUAGCAAUUUUUACUCCCAUUAAUAAAGUUGAUAAAGUAUAAUAAAAUAAUUAUUUAUAAACUUACUUCAAUUUAAUCAAAGAUUACUAUUGACAUCUUCCAAUAAACCUUUGGUAACUUAUACUAUUAUAUAAUUACUUUUUUAACAUUUAAUUUUAGGUAUUUAUUGUAAAUUAUAAAUUAGUUUUGUACAAAGAUAUAUCUAAUUAUUUUAUUAUUAAAUUGAAAAAAAUGAGGUAUCAUAGUCUAAAUUAUUUAAAAUGAAUACUUGUUAAAUUUUUUAUUAUAAGGGUCAAAAUACUUCUUCAUUUAAAUAACUUUUUUUAUUAAUUUUUAUAUAAGUCCAAUGGAAAUAUAAUCUUUUAAUUUAUUAAAAAUUAUACUAUACAUUAGAAAUCUUAAUAUUACUAAUUUAGUAUCUCAUAUUUAAUUGUAUGAUUACCAUCUCAAAAUAAAUACUAUUGGCCUAUAAAUUUUCUAUAGAUGAGUUUAAAAAAUCAACAAAAAGCUAAAAAUAUUAAUAUACAUGAAAAUAUAUUAACCCAUGAGUGCUAAAAAGAUCAGCCUAGUCUCACUUCUACUUCUAGUUCAUCUUUAUAUUUGUGAUGGUUUAUUUAUAUAUUUAUAUUCAGAUUUUUUUUUAAAUAAAAUAGUUAUUACCUAAUUAUUUC